UUUAUUUAAAUUGCUGAAGUUGUUUCAUAAGUUGCACUGUUUAUUUUAUACUAAGUCAGACCGCGUGUAUUUACUAAAACAUGGGCUUAACAAAACAGUAUUUAGCCUUUAAACCGGGAUCCAUUUUCAAUAUCAUUGCUAGUGGCCGAGCAAAUGUUUCAUUUGUUUCGGUAGGCGGUAAGGAUGGUCAAUUCGUGGCCGUGGCCGGUGCCGAAAAGGUUCUCGUUUGGAACACGCGACGUGGCGAAAAAGUGCUGGAGUUAACCAGAGAAAAACAAGAGGUAACCUAUCUUCGAGCUAGUCCCGAUCAGAAGCAUUUGGCCGUAGGCUACGCAGAUGGGGUUAUUGAAGUGUUCAAUUUCGACAGCCGCCAAUCGGUGUGUACAUUCGCAGCCCACAGAUCGGCGGUAAGUGCCAUGAAUUACGAUCUGAUCGGAUUAAAACUGGUGUCGGGUGGUUUAGAUAAUGAUUUGGUCAUUACGGAUGUAGUGGCGCAGAGUGGAAAAUGUCGUUUGAUAGGUCACAAUGCACCGAUAACUGAUGCUUGCUUUAUGCAGAAAUAUCACGAAGUUGUGAUAUCCAGCUCAAAAGACACGCAAAUCAAAUUUUGGAACAUUGAAACUCAGUGUUGUUUUAAGACUAUUAUUGACCACAGGAGCGAAGUUUGGAGUAUUGCUCUGAUGCGGAACGAUGAUUUUCUUGUGGCCGGAUCGGGUGACUCUCAGUUGACAGUCUACAAAAUUACUGAGAACAGAAAUAGUUCAGUACAGGAGCUAACCGGUUCACCGGAUGAUUUGCUGCUGGAGUCCGAAGCGACAUGCCCAUUUCGAUGUGGGCUGGCGGGUCAUAUCCAGCGAUCCGGUUUCGGUAGAACAAUGAAUUUGAUUGCCGAAAGCGGUGGACAGAUUUUAGGUUGUCAUGGAACAGAUCGUAAGAUAGAGCUUUUCUACUUUAACAACGAUGACGAAGCACUGGCACGGCUAACGAAACGUCUGAAAAAAUUGGACGCGAAAACCGAUAGACAAAGUACCGAAAAUACAGCACAAAGGCAACUAUCGUUGGUAGAUGAAAUUCGACGGCUUCCAGAGGUUGCAGUUCCGGAAAAAAUCAAAUCGUUUGAUUUGCUGUUAGGAAAGGGAGAUGAACUUCGUCUUUGCGUUACAUAUAGUAAGAAUUUAUUACAAGUGUACAGUAUAAACAUCCUUGAGAAGCACGCCGAAGCAAAGGUAAUGCACACGAUUCGACAGCAAGGGCACCCAUCGGAAGUUCGAUGUGUGACCUUUAGCUCGGACAAUCUGGCGAUCGCUUCCGGAAGCGGUGAAUCGUUGAAGCUGUGGAGCCGAGCGUCGCAAUCUUGCCUGAGAACCAUCGAUACGGGUUACGUUGUCAGCACCUGCUUUGUGCCCGGUGACCGACACGUGCUUGUGGGUUUGAAAACGGGCGAACUGUUGAUUGUAGACAUCGUCAUCGGAGAGAUAAUCGAGCGGGUAGCAGCUCAUGAAAAAGAGUUGUGGAGCAUCGUACUGUUGCCAGAUUCGCGUGGUUGUGUAUCCGGGGGAGGCGAUAUGACGGUCAAAUUUUGGAGCUUCGAACUGGUUGAGGAUCCUAAUCGGAAGGACAAUAGCGAAGUGAAGAUUCUGUCGUUGCUUCACAAGAACACACUGAAGCUGGAAGAGACGGUCCUGUGCGUGCGUGUCUCCCGCAACAGCAAGUACAUCGCCGUAGCACUGUUGGAUACCACGGUUAAAAUUUUCUUCAUGGACACGCUGAAGUUCUACCUUUCACUGUACGGACACAAGCUGCCAGUUGUCUGCAUGGACAUUUCAUACGACUCAAAUCUGAUCGUAACUGGAUCUGCCGACAGGAGCAUCAAGAUUUGGGGAAUGGACUUCGGCGACUGUCACAGGUCACUGAUCGGGCAUGAUAAUUCCGUUAUGGGUCUGCAGUUUAUCCCGAAAACUCACAUGUUUUUCUCGUGUGGGAAGGAUGGUAAAAUAAAGCAAUGGGAUGCUGAUAGUUUCGACAAGAUUAUAACUCUGCCUGGCCACGUCGGAGAAGCGCAUGGCCUGGCCGUCAGUCCAAAUGGAAAGUUUGUCGUCAGCUGUGGUACCGACCGAACGCUGCGGUUGUUCGAACGAACAGACGAGCCUUUGGUGCUUCAAGAUGUCCAAGAAGAGGAACGUGAAGAAUUAGAAAACACUACGCUAGCAACUGGUGAGGAUUCAACCGUGCCAGGGCUACCUGGCUUAAAGUUGCCUUCCAAGAAAACGAUUGGAUCGGAGAAAGCAGCCGAAAACAUUCUAGAGUGCUUGGAAGUUAGCAAACAAUUCGAACAGGAGGAAAGUAAGAACAUUAUUCCACCGCUGAUGUUUGCAUACGAAGCGACCAAUACAGAUGAUUUUGUACUGGCAGUUCUGAGCCGUAUUCGAGCAAGCGAUUUGGAGGAAGCACUUUUACUAUUACCAUUUUCGGCCGUAUGUGAACUGCUGGAGCGCAUCCCAAAAUUAACAAAAAACCGGCAAGAUGCGACAGAAAUUAUUUGCAAAGUUGUACUCUUCUUGUUUCGCGUACAUCAAAAACCGAUUGUUAACAAUCAGAUUCUGCUGCCAGUGAUUCAACAGAUCAUCGAAAAACUGCAAGGUACUAUCGUUGAGCUGCGAGAUAUGAUUGGGGUCAACUUUCAUGGCAUGCAGAUGUUACAACGUGAGCUAGAAGAGAAUCAAGAUGUAGCCUUGUUCCGAGAUGCUACCAAAAGCAGAAAAAUGAAAGACCAGAGACGCAAGCGGAAAGAACUAACCAAACGAACGUUCGUGCAAAUUAGUACGUAAGAGAUUCAAAAAUCAUGG